CUCUCAUUUCUGUCUCUCUCUCUCUCUCUCUCUCUCUCUCUCUCUCUUGAACCUUUUCUCUUCUUUUUUUACUAUUAUUGUUUAGUUCCAACUUGGACUAGAUUUUACUGGUUUGAACAGAAAAUCGCCAAUAUCGAGUUUAAAAAUCUCUCACUUGAUCAUUUCGACCUAUUCUCACUCACAUUAAUUCUCUUUCAUUCAAUUGCCAACCUGUUGCUUUUUUUACUUUGCAAUUCUGCAAUUUGACCAAUCGCCUUGUCCUUUUUCUGUGGAGGAGAUGGAGAAGGAGGCGGACGAAUAUCAGGGAUGCAAAGGAAUUGAGAGAGAGAAAAGGAAAAUAAACAGAAAGAGAGCAAAAUAGGUGAGCUUAGAGAGAGAGAGCGAGAGAGAAAAGAUCGUAAAGUUCAAGGUGAUGGACAAUCAGUGAGAGAGAACAAAAAGAAGAAAAUAAGAAAUGUAAUAAAUAGUCCGGCGAUGUUAAAAUUAUCCCAAACUAAAUGUCAAACUUUUAAAGGUAACUUUAAGUUUAUCAAUUUAUUUUAUCGAAUAAAAAAAGUUUCAAUUGUAAUUCUGUUUAAUUGUCAACAUUUUCAACAGUCUAAUUCUUGACACAGAGAUAUGACUCCAUCAUACAGAAUACUUGUGACCAGCAUAGAUGCUUGUGGUCAUAUUAAUGCCUCUCUUGGGUUUGGUGAGUUACUCCAAAGUCGAGGUCAUACAAUUAUCUUCACGAAUCGAGAAAAAUAUAAGCAUCUUGCCGAGAAACGAGAUUUCCAAUUUGUACCAUUCGAUGAGGAUGUUUUCGUCGGUGAAAAGUUGACUCCAUUCAUGGCCUGGUUGGAGCGAAGCUACGAUUUAUUUCAUAAAGAUGCUACCGAAAGGUUCAAGUGUUUCACUCAAAAAGAUCGUGAUUCUUAUGCUGAAUUUGUAGAAGGUUAUAUCAAGACGAACGAAGCCUUAGAACGAGUCUUGAAAAGUAUCGAAGUUGAUCUUAUAAUUGGCGAUCUUCUUGUUCCGUUUCCCGUUAUGGCGAAAUCAAAGAUUCCUUAUAUUCCUCUUGCUUCUCUUAACCCAUUGGUGCUUUUCUUAAAUGGUCCACCAGAAUUUUCGGGUUUAUCGGUAACAAGUGGACCAAAUGAACGGAAAGAGUUUCGAGACGCUUUCGAAUGGGCAAUGACCCCACACAAAGAAAAGAUCAACAAAUGGUUAAACGAACACGAUUUACCAGGUCUAUUCGAACCGGCCUGGUUUCUUGAUCGACCGAAACAUUUUGGAUUCUAUCAUUACCCAGAAGAUUUAGAUUACACCGAAGUAGGACCAGUUCUAGAUAAUUGGGUUCGAGUUGAUUUAUCUAUUCGAAAACCUGAUGCCGAUUAUUUUGUUCUACCCGAUUGUUUAACCAACAGAACGGGUAAGUUGAUCUACUUUUCAAUGGGCUCACAGUUUUCAGCUGAUCUUCAAUUGAUGCGACAAUUGAUCAAAAUUCUGGCCAAAAGUCCACAUCGAUUUAUCGUCUCAAAAGGACCUAAAGGAGAUCAACUUGAUCUACCAGAUAAUAUGUGGGGUGAAAAUUAUGUUAACCAGUUAAGAGUAUUACCUGAGGUGGACAUGGUGAUCACUCAUGGUGGUAACAAUACAAUCAUCGAAACAUUUUACCAUAAGAAACCGAUGAUUGUGGUACCUUAUUAUUUUGACCAAUUGGACAAUGCGGCUCGAAUAGUGGACAAGAAUUUGGGCCGACGAAUUGACCCUUGGAAUAUCGAUGAGAAAUAUUUCCUCGAAAGUAUUGAGAUAGUUCUUAAUGAUGGAGAAUUGAAAACUCGAAUUGAAACGAUUGGUAACAACAUGAGAAAUACGAAAAGUCGACGAAAAGCCGCUGAAAUGGUCGAGAAGUUGAUUGAACAAAUUCGAGAAGAAAAAAGUUCGACACUAAUUAAUAGUUCUAAAUUGUGAAAACAAAUCAACGACGAUUUUAUACCUUAUCCAUCAAUCAUUGGAAAUUAAUUCAUCUCAAUUUACUCCAUUAAUUAACUUCCAUAAUUAGCUUUUGUCGAUCAUCAUUAUCAGUUGAUUAAAGUAUUGAAACAAUUUCUCAACGAUUUUCUAA